GCACUUUCUUCCCUCCUCUGACACUGUAUGCGAUACCUCACCCACGACUAUUAAAUCCAAAAUCAAAUCGUGUACAGUGAGCUACUACUCGCCCGGUACGUCCAAAAAUUUUAGUAGUAAGAACAGGAAUCACGCCUAUCAACAUAGUAACGUCUGAUCGAAUCCUCAGAGCUUGUUAGACCCUUACUCUCCGAUUCCUCCCUUGUUUUUUACCCCCAGAGCCCAACACAACACAUACUACCAUGCGCAGCUUUAUGGAUGACGUCGACCACGCCGCCCAACGUGUCGGGGCCAUGACACUUGCAGGGUUUCUCGGCGGGGCUGCCCACGCUGCUUUCAAGGGCUUCCCCAGGAGGGCCGCGGCCCUGGGCGCCGCCUCUUCUUGCGCCCUCGUCGGAACGAGCCUCUUCGCACUCGAACGGGUCGCAAGCGUGGCAAUGCGAGAAAACAACAGAAACGACAAAAGCGACGAGGAACUAGAUGCAAGGGACGAUUGGCGGUCGACGCUCUCCUCGCACGCCUUUGGCGGCGUCUUUGGCGGGGCGCUGAACGGAUACCUGUACCAUAGGCAGCCCCUCCGUGGGAUGAUUGCCUUUACCCCCUUUAUGCUCUUCAUUGGAAUGAUCGAGGUAGAGGCCAAGAAGCGGAAGCAGCAGCGGCUCGACGAACUACUGGACCAGCGACAAAACCAAACACAAGCAGCAACUACUACAACACCCGAGUGAACUGUCUUUGUUGUCGUUAUUGAACAUGAAACCGACAUAAGAAAUACGGAUACCCAAUAACGAGACGAGGCGAAACGAAACGAAUGGAGCAAGAAACUAGUUUGCUGCAAUGCCGUGCACGGCUGCAACCCACAGAUGUCCUACUCCGAUCGCAGGCAAGAAGAAAGUAAUAUAUCCUCGCUACAUCA